AAAUCACGGUGAAUACGGGACCGGCUAUGACAUGGUGGUCUUAGGCAUUUUAGCACGGACAGAUAUUGAUGUUAUCGCAUAUGCUGCCGCAGACCCUCGACCUCUCGACUCAUGCUGCAAGAAUUCAUGUCAUAACCGGUUGAUCCCGCCCGUGGGGGCUAAUCUGACGCAUCCCUCGCGAGAAGGAGAGAGAGAGAGAGGGGAGUGUUUCGAUUUCGUCGCCUCCGUUCAAAUCCGAUAAUCGUCUUUCCGAAGCUGAGCCGCCAAAACCCUAGAGAGAGCGAUGGCUGCUGUGUCAGAUAUCGGCCGUGCCUCUGCCCGCGAUCCGCUUCCUUCCGACGCUUCCCCGGCGCCUCCCGCAAAGAUCUCUCGAUCCGUGCACCGCGCCCUCGGUGGCGGCGCAGUCGCCGAUGUGCUUCUUUGGAGACGGAGGAACGUAGCGAUUCUCGCCGUGUCCGGCUCUACAGCGGUAUGGUUUUUCUUCGAGCGGGCGGGGUACAACAUUUUGUCCGUCUUGGCGAACGCAGUCCUCCUCGUCGUAGUCAUUCUCUUCUUUUGGGCCAAAUCUGCCUUGCUCCUCAACAGGCCUCUUCCGCCGCUUCCCAAUCUCGAGGUUUCAGAUGAGGUCGUCAAUAAGGUUGCUGACAGAGCUAGGGUGUGGAUCAACCGUGUCUUGGCUAUAGGGCAUGACAUAACCAUUCGGAGAGACAGAAAGGUUUUCCUUCAGGUCAUAUUGAGCCUGUGGGUUGUGUCCUGCAUUGGAAGUUUGUUUAACUUCCUUACACUUGUCUACGUUGGAGUGCUUUUGGCUAUCACGAUUCCUGCUGUCUAUGACAAGUAUCAAGAGGAUAUUGAUCAAAAGCUUAGUAUGGCACUUGAUGUCGUCUUGAAGCAGUAUGAGAGCAUCUUAAAUGGAGGACAAGGGGGGUCAACCAAAGAAAAGAAGACCCAGUAACAAAUUCGUAGUUUUACAGUGUCUUGGUUUUUAUCAUGCGGAUAACCCUUCUCAGCCACCAGAGUUCAGUUGCCUGUGCUCAUGGGUAGUACUUCAGUGUUAAUGAUCCACAGGUUUGGAGGCUUGUGCAUGGUGAUGGGUCUUUGCUAGUCUGUGGCAUGUGAUAAACUGAAAUGCCUGAAAGGCAUGCAUAUUAAAAUCUUGACUUUGUGCUAUGCUUUCUAUAUGAUAUACUUGAAUAAUUUUUCUUGAUGGUUA